AUGAAGUCCAACAACCCAUUCGCCCCCCUCGUGGACGACUUGUCCUCGGCCGGGUCAAGUCUGACAGCUGUUAGGCCGCCAUCGCCGUUUGGAACCGGUCACCUGCUCGGUGGAUGGCCGUCGUCCCCACGUGCAGACACAUCUCGCCUACUGGCCGAGCCCAGCCAUCCGAUCUCGUGUGUCACACGGGAGACCUUCCCAGAGGACUGUGCGAGGCACAGGUUCAUCGUCUGGGCGGCCGUUAAACGCAACUCGAGCUCACGCAUGAGUGCCGAGAAGAGGCUGGAAUGCCCAUUGCUACGAUGCACCCAGCGCUUCCUCAGCCAUGAGAUGAUGCUUCGGCAUCUUGCGGGGUGCGAGUUCCUGUCGUCGGGGGAGUAUUGGUGUUACGAUCAUAUGAGGGUUGAACGGUUCGAUGACGUGAAAUGCAAACAUUGCUUGGGCCACCCAUCGAAGAGGCGGAAGAUGCUAUCCAUGGCGAAGCGCUUCUUCCACUCUCUCGGUCACAAACAUAAGAAGGCCCCCGGGUUUGCCUUCGACCCUGGCGAUGCUGCCUCCCUCCCUCCUCCAAGCUAUGAGUCGCUGCACAUAAGCCCACAGCCAGCCGACCCGACUGAGCUUUCAGCCACUGAGAUUGUCGAGAUCGAUUCCAAUCCGGUCACGGUAACUGCGACGACCCUCGUGCCCAACUACGAUGGCGCUAUUGACCCGCAAGCACUGCUCAUCCCGGAGCUCGAGUCAAACCCGCUCUCUUCCGAGUCGUUCAUGCAAUGGCAGCCGGCUCCGGGUGUGAUUGGGUCCUCGAUGUCCGUUACUCCUCCCGAGGAGAGUGAGCUACCGAGCCCAGUUAGCAGACCCUUUCUUCAGGUCAACACCCACGGGUUACAGGGAGGUCGAAAUGUCACUCGUCCUCGUCCCGCCCCUAGAUCGGUGGCUCCGUUCCCUCGCAGCAAGGAUCUCUCGCCAAGUUCGUCUGUGAGAUCAAACGCCAGCACUGCGACCACUGCGAGCAACGCGAGCUCUCUGGUCUCGCCGGUUUCGAACUGGAGUGGGGCUUGGUCCAUGGCAUCGGGUUUCGAUACUAGCUUGACAUCCCCGGCCGAACUCACCAACCCGGAUGAGUUUUUCUCGGACAACCCACUUGCUGGAUCGUACGAUGCAAGCAAUACUGCCUAUACCGGCUUGCUCCAUGACUUCUGCUCCGAGCUCCCUGCUGAUGUUCCCAAUUUGAAUGGCCCCGAGAACUUCUCACCCGAGCCUCUCCUCUUCUCCUUCGCCGGGGAGCCCUUCGCGAAUCCAUCCUAUGCAACGGAUGUCGAGCUAAUGGAAGACUCGAUCGACCUGUUAGGCCUUGAUGAUGCUGAGACUGGGGAAUCCAGCAGCUGCUGCUCCGAGACAAAGUCAUUAGUUGGCUCGGCUUGGGAUGCGUUACAAGAGCAUAUUGUAUCAUCCAUGCUGAAGAUCGAUCAAACCAGGGGAAACCCUCUUGCGGACCAGCUACGCUCAAAGUCCACCAGAUCGAUAGUCACCGCUGGCCUCCAAGCCCUCCGCUCACUUCUUGGUGGCAACAACUCAAUCUCCGCAAUAGACACAUUGUGUUUGGUCCAUCUCGUCUACGCAUUCUCCCUCGUCAUCCACGAGCAAGACACAGCCGAUAGGGCCAAAGACCUCUUUUUUCAAUCGUUGUCAUACGCUGCCCACCUUGGCCCGGGCGAGCAAGAUCUAUACACCCAACUGACUUGCCAAAUUUGGCAACCGGCUAGCACCACACAUGAACAAAUCAACAAGCAUUUCUCUGCUGGCCAAAACGGGGCGUUGAGCCGAUCAUCAAGCCUCAAGGGCAAAGCACCUGAGGCGAGCGCAUACUUCUCCGGCAUAGUCGGUACCGACCCUUUUCUCACUGCUGCUUUCAAUUUCUUAGAUGAACUUGAAAGCUCGGUUGUCUUGGGCCAGCCACCGUCAUCUCUCACAGUUCAGACGUCGGAUUUGUAUGCCAAACACCUGGACUGCAAUCCCCAUGCUGGCGUCAAUACUCCGUUUUCCGUCACGGUCAACUUUGUUUUGGCGAUGCUCAUUCGAGAUUUUUGUGACGUAAAAGAUCUUGCUCCUAGCCUGAGAGGGCUCCACGAGCGUGUAAACAAUGGGGUCGUGUCAAGCGUCAGAAGGGUCGAGCUUGAGCUACUCAGCGCGGGCAAGGGCUGCAUGAGUAGGUCAGCAUUCUUUGGUACCUUCGUUCCGAAAGUUAGGAGACUCUGCGAUCAGUUCUACGAUCAGCAUGACUCGGGCGAUUCGGGGCGUGCCGUCUAUCACAGGCUGGGAACGUUGCUAAUCGAGAGCAUUAUCCCUGAAUUCGACCUGUGCAAAGCCGAAACCCCUAUACUUGACGGAGCAAGCGACCUGGAUGACUUGCUUGAUGCAUUUACCGCGACGCACGAGCAGGGCCACCAGGCCGUAACCUACCCAGCAAUGGAACCGAUGGCAGCGUCCCCUUUUGGCACGAUUGAUCCCUCGAACCUUGAUGGGACAGGAACCAGCGACCUGCAAAUCCCAACAAUCACUACCACAGCACCCGAAGAAUCGUCUAGCCGGAUUUCCAGCGCAGCGCCUAGACCUACCCAGCCACAGACGGAGCAAGCAACGCAACAACAGCAAGGUCAAGCGCAAGGGCAGAAGGCUGAGGCCGAUGCCUCCUGCGGUAUCUGUGGUUACAGGCCUAAGGGCGCUCCGCAAUGGUUCAAAGGCAGCAUGGCCAAGCACAAAAAGCUGCAGCACUCGGCCGAACCGCCCAAGAUAUAUAGGUGCCAAUACCCAGGCUGCACCAGCCAGUACAGGAAUCGGCCCGACAACCUUCGACAACACCAGAUCGAGAAGGGCCAUUUUGUCGGUGAGGAAGUGGCAUCGCGACGACCGAGCAAGCGCAAGAAGACGGCAGAAGAUGAUGGAUGA